AUGGAUAAAUCCAAACAACCUUUUCGUAAAUCCAAGCGAUCUUUUCGUAGGCGUUUACCCCCAAUUGGAUCGGGGGAUCGAAUCGAUUAUAGAAACAUGAGUUUAAUUAGUCGAUUUCUUAGUGAACAAGGAAAAAUAUUAUCUAGACGGACGAAUAGGUUGACCUUGAAACAACAACGAUUAAUUACUAUUGCUAUAAAACAAGCUCGUAUUUUAUCUUCGUUACCUUUUCGUAAUAAUGAGAAACAAUUGGAGAGAGUGGAGUCGAUCCCUAGAACUACUGGUCCUAGAACCAAAAAUAAAUAG